AUGCCGGCACCAACGUCCGCAGCCGCCGUGGCUGCUCAGCAGGUUCAGCAGGCCGCGUCCACCUCGACCAUGGCUCCCCUCAAUGCCGACCUGUUGCAGAUCCACCUCAACGAGAAUCCCGCCGCACCGGAUUUCGAAAACCUCGUCUUUGGUCAAAAGUUCUCUCCACACAUGCUCAUUGUCGACUGGAACCACAAGACCGGCUGGGGUGUUCCUCAGAUCAAGCCCUACGGUCCCCUGUCGCUUUCCCCCGCCGCGCCGGCACUUCACUACGCCAGCGGUCUCUUUGAGGGCAUGAAGGCCUACCGCUCUGCCGAUGGCUCUGGCAAGAUCCGCCUCUUCAGGGCUGAUAAGAACAUGGAGCGCAUGAACCGCUCGGCUGCUCGCGCUGGUCUGCCCACCUUCGACGGGGAAGAGUUCAUCAAGCUCAUCAAGCAGCUGGUCCGGAUCGACCGCGAGUAUGUCCCGCACGGUGUGGGUCAGACGCUCUACCUCCGUCCCACGCUCAUCGGUACACCAGACACGCUCGGCAUGGGCGUCCCCACCGAGGCGCAGCUCUACUGCAUCUGCAGCCCCGUCGGCAACUACUACUCGUCCGGCACCGGCUCCAAGCCCGUCAGCCUGCUGGCGAGGACCGAUGUUGUCAGGGCGUGGCCCGGUGGUACGGGCUGCUACAAGCUGGCGGCCAACUACGCCGGUGCCACGCGCCCUGCGAUGGACGCGCUGCUCGAGGGAUAUCACCAGGUGCUUUGGCUGUUUGGACCCGACCGACAGCUCACCGAGGUUGGAGCCAUGAACCUGUUUGUUGUCUUCCGCGACCAGGCUGCUGACGGCGAUGCUACGCGCUACGAGGUCGCCACGGCUGCUCUCGAUGAUGGCACCAUCCUCCCCGGUGUCACGCGCGAUUCGAUCCUCUCGCUGCUCCGUGCGUACAAGCAGGGCAACGUUCAGCUGCAGGGCCUUCCCAGCCCGGAAAACAUCACCAUCUCCGAGAGGAAAGUGACCAUGGACGAAAUCAUCGACAAGGCAGAGCACAAUCAGAUCGCCGAAGUGUUUGGCUCUGGUACCGCUGCCGUCGUUUGCAGCGUCGACAAGAUCGGGUUUGAGGGCAUGGACAUCCCUAUCCCUAUCCAGCAAGACGGCAUGGGCACCUUCAUGCGAUCCAUGCUGCACGAAGUCACGGGCCGACAGUGGGGGGCUAUCCCCUGUCCUGAGUGGAGCAGCGUGUGCUGA